CCGGUGACCCGGAUGCAGCUACUCCGCAAGAUGGCGGCGGGGCGGGCUGGUGGCGCGCCGUAGCGGCGCCGAGCGAGCGGUUACCCCGGCCCCCGCCAUGGCGGACCUGGGCCGGCAGUUGCAGGAGUAUCUGGCACAGUCGAAGGCGGCCGCCGCCUCCACUGCGGCCCCCGCGCCGCUACCGCCGCCGCCCUCCGCCGGCUGCUCGCAGGAGGAGGCGGGCAGCAGCCUGGGGGCCUGGCUGGGCCCGCUGAACCCCUUCCCGGCGGCGGCCGCCUCGGGGCCGGGCCGGGGCUGGCCGUGGUCGGCGGAGCCGGACCCCUGGCUACCGGGGCUGUCGCGGUGGCAGCGCUUGGCGGGCAGCGGGCUGUGCCUGCUGCUGGCCGCCCUCUGCUUCGGGCUGGCCGCCCUGUACGCGCCGCUGCUGCUGCUCCGCGCCCGCAAGUUCGCCCUGCUCUGGUCCCUGGGCUCCCUCUGCGGCCUGGCUGCUGCCGCCCUGCUGCGGGGGCCCGCCCGUCUGCUGCGGGAGCCCGGCGGCGGCUCCCUGCUCUACGUCGGCGCCCUGGCCGGCACCCUGUACGCGGCGUUGGGGCUGCGCAGCACCUUCCUGACGGUGCUGGGCGCCGCCGCGCAGCUGGGCGCCGCCGCCCUCGCCCUCCUGGCCGGACUGCCCGGGGGAGCCGCCGGCCUGCGCCGCCUGGGCGGCCUCGUCUGCGCCGCGCUGCGCCGCCGCGGGAAAGCCCUGCCGGUGUGACUGCCCCCUGCGCCGCCACCGAGCGGGGGGACACCGGCCGCAGCCCGGCGGGACGAAGGGACUGAGGGGCCCCGGCUGCGCCGGGCACGAAGACAGCUCUCCGGCAUGGGGAUGGAGCCGUCUUCCGCCGCUUGUCGUCCUUCGCCUUCCUGCUGGGUUUCCCCCUCGCCGGUUCCCGAGGAAGAUGAGCGGCAGCGGGGACUCUCUGAGCUCGGUCGGCUGCGUUGAGGGGUGGCGGUGGCGGUGCCAGCCCUCCCCGAGCGCCGCAUUUUGCCUUAUUGCAAAAUCAGCCCGAUAGCCGUGGUCCGGAGUGGCUCCGGCUGGGAGCUGGCAGCAUCCCACCUCCCUACCUCCGGUAUAGGACCAUGUGGCUGGUGCAGCCUGCUUCGAAACGUGAGUGAGAUUACGGAGCCGAUGAAAUGUAAUUAUUGACUUGCCCGUUAACGUGAACAGCAAGCGUCUUUACAGCUGAGGUGCGUAGGGCUGGCGGAUGGUGAAACACGGAGACAACGUAGCGAAAUCUGGUCAAGUGGGGGGUGAAGGUUCAAAAAUAGUUAACUGCUGUUAACUGGUUUUUGUGCCGACCCCUCCGCUCUGAACACAUGCUUCAGUCGCUGUACAGCGCAGUCAUCAGCCACCUCGGACUGGUGGUGAAUAUGAAUACUGGGUCCACUGAACUGCAUUUCUCUCUUAAAAACCGUCUUUAAAAUACCAUCCAGAUGGUAGACUAGCAAGCACCGGUGAUUUCCCAUGUUUUGGAAUUCUAACGUCAGCACCACUUGUAAUCUGUAGACAGCCGUGGCUAAAGAUGAAAAUGAAAGUUCUCUAUAUGUGAUAAACCAAAAAGCCCUGGGAAUCAGCUAUGAGUAUUUUGAAUGGUUGAGAUGUUUUGAAUGGUUGAGUUCUGUUGCUCUAUCUGAUACACAAGUUUGCCUGAAGACGCUUUAUAGCAAUAGGAUUCUGGUUUCCGCCCUCCUUCAAAGCGUGGAAAUUCAUCUGGAGUAGGAAGCAAACCCUUCCGGCCUCCUGAGCGGGAAGAGAUGCAGGGGACCGGAGUGAGAAGAGACAUCACAUCGUGAAAAUCCUGCCAUUC